AUGGGCUUUGAUGAAAGACUGGUUGACCUCAUUAUGUGUUGUGUCACGUCGGUCACAUAUCAAGUCUUAGUCAAUAGGCAAGCAAGGGGAAAAAUUCUACCAAGGAGAGGGUUACGACAAGGAGACCCCCUCUCCCCCUCACUUUUAAAUGGCGCAGAAGUGGAGAAGAAGAUUAUAGGCCUCCCUGUUGCUAGGGCGAGUCCAAGGAUCUCACAUCUUCUUUUCGCAGAUGACAGUCUUUUCUUCGGUAUGGCUGAAUUAAGCCAAUGCAAAGAGAUCAUGAAAAUUAUAUACAUAUAUGGGAAGGCGUCAGGACAACGACUAAAUGCGUCCAAGUCAUCGAUUUUUUUUGGAAACCGAGUGGAAAGUUCUCAGAAACAUGAUAUAAAAGAUGUCUUAGGGUUUUGUUCAGAAGGUGGCAUGGGGAUGUACUUUGGGUUACCGGAAGGUGGCUCAAAGAUGAAAGUGUUCUCAUUUGUACAAGAUCAAUUCAAUGGCAAAGUCAACAUAUGGUCAUCGAGACUCCUCUCUAAGGAAGGAAAAGAAGUUCAAGUCAAAUAUGUGGCUGAAGCAGUUCCGACAUUUGUGAUAUCGUGUUACUUGCUUCCACAAGGCAUUACCGAUAAACUAAGGAGCACAACGUCUAAUUUUUGGUGGAGUUCAAAACAAAACAGCAGAGGUUUACACUGGAUAGCAUGGGACGAGAUCUGUACCCCCAAAAUAUUUGGGAGGACUAGGUUUUUGAGAUCUUCAUGA